UCUUUUUAUAACCUGACUUAUUGUCAUUUUAACACUCAUGGGAUCAACAAAGUAUUAUUAUAUUCACUCGCUAAUAAUAAUAUAAAAAGGCGGGAUAGUGAUAUUUAUCGUUUAAUCAUGUUACCAUUAUCGUUAUUAAGAACUGCACAAAACCAUCCUAUGUUAGUUGAAUUAAAAAAUGGAGAAACUUACAAUGGCCAUUUAGUUAGUUGUGAUAAUUGGAUGAAUAUAAAUCUUAGAGAAGUCAUUUGUACAUCUAGGGAUGGUGACAAAUUUUGGAGAAUGCCAGAAUGUUAUAUUCGUGGAAGUACUAUUAAAUAUCUCAGAAUACCAGAUGAAGUAAUAGAUAUGGUUAAAGAAGAUGUACAAAUGAAAUCAAGGGGACGUGGGGAAAUGAAAGGAAGAGGACAAAAUCAGAGAGGAAGAGGAGGUGGUAGAGGUACUUUUGGACGUGGUGGUAGAGGUUCAGCUCCAUUGGGUCGGGGAAGUGGUAAUCAGGGGGGAAAUAAAGCUCAAAAUAAACCACGUAUUAAAUAAUAA